ACAAAGUUCUUCUUUUUAAACAGCAGCUUUAUUCCCCUGAUGAGGGUCGUGCAGUCUGUACGCUAUAACAAGAAGAAAAAUACCUGUGUAUUAAAGGAAGGGUGGCUGGUUCAUUUCACCAGUAGGGACAACAUGAGGAAGAGGCAUUAUUGGCAGCUGGACAGUAAAUGUAUUACUUUAUUCCAUAAUGAUACUGGUGGCAAGUUCUAUAAGGAGUUGCCCCUGUCUGAUAUUCUCCACAUCGAGGCAUUUGAUAGGAGCAUUAAUGGAGUCUCAACAAAUAGUGACACUCCUCAUUGCUUCGAGUUACUCACAGACACUUUGGUGUAUUAUGUUGGAGAGAGGUCACCGAAUCCAGAGUCUGAUCAGGGUCGCGCAGAUUCGGGUGAAAUCUGGUACAGAAUGAUUCGUCAAGCGCUAUGUCCUGGCAUGAAUGAGAACGGCACAUCGAAAAGCUGCCUAGAACCGGAAAAAACAGGAAUAUAUCCUGAAUGGCAGCAAGACUGGGAUAUCAGCAACCUGUACCAAAUCUUUCCUGAUGAAAUCCUGGGAUCAGGGCAGUUUGGCAUCGUCUACGGAGGAAAACACAGAAAAACGGGAAGAGAUGUUGCGAUAAAAAUCAUCGACAAACUGCGGUUUCCUUCUAGGCAGGAAAGUCAACUCAGGAAUGAAGUUGCCAUUAUGCAGAACUUGCGUUUCCAUGGAGUGGUUGACUUGGAGGCCAUGUGUGAGACAACUGAACGUAUAUUUGUGGUGAUGGAGAAACUUCAUGGUGAUAUGUUAGAGAUGAUCCUCUCCAGUGACAAGGGAAGACUUCCUGAGCGCAAUACCAGGUUUCUUGUUACGCAGAUCUUGACAGCCCUUCGUCACCUACAUUCAAAGAACAUUGUCCACUGUGACCUCAAACCAGAAAAUGUUCUGCUUGCUAGAGAGGAUCCAUUCCCACAAGUGAAGCUUUGUGACUUUGGCUUUGCCCGUAUUAUCGGCGAGAAGUCUUUCCGCAGGUCUGUUGUUGGAACUCCAGCUUACUUGGCACCUGAAGUUCUGAGAAACAGUGGGUACAAUCGCUCGCUGGACAUGUGGUCUGUAGGUGUGAUCAUCUAUGUCAGCCUCAGUGGCACUUUCCCAUUCAACGAGGAUGAAGAUAUCAAUGACCAGAUACAGAAUGCGGCUUUUAUGUAUCCAAAGAACCCCUGGAAUGAGAUUUCAAAUGAUGCCAUAACACUGAUCAACAGCUUGCUGCAGGUGAAGAUCAGAAAGAGAUUCAGCGUUGACAAAGCUCUGAGCCAUCCAUGGAUGCAGGACUUCCAGACAUGGUUGGACCUUCGUGAUUUAGAAACACGAGUUGGCCAAAGGUACAUCACACACGAGAGCGAUGACGCCCGUUGGCAGAGAUUUGCUGGGGAAUGUGGUAUCGCAUAUCCCCAACACUUUGUCAUGGGUCCUCAGUAUGAUGAAACGGAGGAAGAGGAAGAAGAGGGACACUGAAGUCACAUAUUAUGAUAUCACAUCUACAGUUGAGGCUGCUAUUUAAAUACUCUCAUGGUAAAAUGAGAGGAACCUUCCAUGAGAGCAACUCCUGGGCACCAACAAUGCCAUGUGCUUGUCACAAUACCAUGGCAUUUGGUGUAAUAUUUAUAGAUUCUGAGCCAGUGUAACGAUGAGGGUCUCUCAACAUUUAUAAAAGUUAUAGAACAGAGAUCUAUACAUGAUAUAAGGAUAUAUUUUAGGUGUAUUAUGUGUGUAUAAAGGGACAAUAAAUGCGAAAUGAAAUUCUCUAUAGAA